GUUGGCACCGGUCGAAAUCCGGCGAAAGGGGAGUUGAUUCGUAGCUCAGUGGAGUGUAUAUGCAUUAUUUGCUCAUCCUUCUUCGUUGUUUCAAGACCUAUAUUAUUUUGUCUCUCAGUGACUUGGACACAACCGACAAGGACACUAACUGCACUGUGUGCGCAUUUAACCUCAAUUGCAGAAUUUACAAGGGUUGUUUUGAGGCUGGGCCAUAGAUGACCAGGCUGUGACGGGUGGAUUCUGUGUAGGAUUGACCCUGGCAUGGCUACUGCUAGGAAGAGCUCUGCGGCAAAGGCGGGAGCCGUCAGUUUCUCAGAAGAGCCAACCACCGCUAUUGCUGCCGCCGGCACCCCCUCCCAUGUCCAUUUUGACGAGAAGCUCCACGACUCUGUCGUCAUGGUGAUCCCUCAGCCCGAUGGGAACUUCAUGGUCAAGGUUGGUUUUCUGAAGACCCAGCACAAGUAUGAGAUUGUCUUCGACCUCCCUGAGGUUCCGUCACUGGGGAAGGCUGUGUGUCCAGCUCCUGUACCCAACCAGCACAUCUGCAUCACCAAUAUCACUCCUGUAGCAGAGGGUGGUCUGAGAGUGACGUGUGAGUACAUGGCCCACCAGGAGGGCGUGCUAUGUGAGGAGCUGAUGCUGGUCAGUGAGAGCCAGGAGGAAGUCUGUGUGGGGGUCAAGGUUCAAGCCCGCGUCAUGGACCGUCACCAUGGUACACCCAUGUUGUUGGAAGGAGUGCGUUGUGUGGGAGUGGAGCUGGAGUAUGACUCUGAACAGAGUGACUGGCAAGGAUUUGACUAGACCAGGCAAUGCGACACACACACACUCAAACAAAAAGACAGUGCCACAUAUAUUGGAAUUCAUCAUCCACUCCAAACUAUCCCUGACCAUUCAAGAUGUUUUGGUCCAAAAGGAGGAUGAAAUUAGGAAAUGGACAGUGGUUAUUUUAGCAAGGCUAAUGUGAUCAGAUCUCUGUUGAGCAUACCUCCAGUCUAGUUAGUUAAUGCAUCUGAAAUGCAUUGAAACAGGUACUAUUUUUUUAAAUUGUCAUUAGUACUACAAUGAUAGACGUUAUCCAACUGCCCAUGCCUUUCCACUGCAUGCCCCUAUGUUGUGUUGAAUAUGUUUUCUGAGUAAACCUAUAGGGGGCAGCAAAGCUCACGUAAACAAUUCAGCCCAUUUCACCCAGCCUGGCUUUAACAAUACCCAUAGGGGUCGACAAAGACCAUUAAAUGUAUUUUUCCCAUCUGACAUGGAGGGAUUGAAAAUGACUUGUUUUAAUUAAGUUAAUAAUAAUAAUAAUUAUACGCUAUGAAUCAAUUGCAAGUGCCUACAUUGCUGUAUAGCUUUUACCAUCAACUGCCUUCUAUUCCUUGCAUAGAUAAAUAAAGGUUAAAUAAAUCUAAUAAAAAUGUAACAAAAUAAUCCAUCUAUCACUCACUAACCUGCCCUCCCUCCCCCAACCCCCUCACCAUCCUCUCUGAGCACUCAGUCUUGUUGCAACCUAAUCUCUUAGUAAGAAGUAUAGUUAGUCACUGUUUACUGUCAAUAGUUAGUCACUGUAAAUGAAUAUUCCCAUCAAAUUAGAAUAUCUAGUACAAUCAGUCUCUGUAUUUCACAUAGCUAAGUGGAAUUAAACCUGUUUUCUUUAUCAAAUCAGACAAUCUACAUGUGUUAAAUGUGUUCGCCCUUAAUUGUUUUUAUAUUUGUGUUUAAUAGGCUCUGUAAUUUCUUAAAGUUAUCCCUUGUUAUCUGGUGUAUAUGAGGAGGGGGGUGUAGUAGCAUUUUCAGUCAAUACACUACACAAUACAUGUUCCCUUAUAGAUGUUUGUUGUUGUGAUCACUCUUGUUUUGUUACGCCAUGAAAGAAUAAAGUUGAUGUAUUUAAAAAGAUAA